AUGACCACUGCAGAAGAUCCAUCAAUUCCAGAUGUUUCAACACAAAAUGAACAGGAAGAAGAGGAAACAGAACCAACAACACCAACCACCACAGACGAUUCAAAAGAUAAAAAUGAAAAUGACUCAAAUGGAAAUGAAAGUUCAGAGGGAAAUGGUUUAAGAAAGGUUUUGGAUAACGGUACAAAUAUCUAUUGUAAAUGGAGAGAUCAAUAUAGACUAUGUGAAAUUGUCGAGAAAAAAGAAUCGGAAUCACAACCUGGAACCUAUGAUUACUAUGUACAUUAUCCUGGAUUCAAUCGUCGUUUGGAUGAGUGGGUUCACGAGUCAAACUUGGAUUUUUCACGUAUAGAGAACGAACCAGGCAAAGCACAGCCGGCACCAGAGGCACCAGAGGGUCCUCCAGUGAUAAAAACCAGAGGCUGGAAGCGUAAGAACGAUGCCACCGCUCAGAGUGGUGGAAACGACCACCACGACCACACCAAAUUGUCACCACUCGAAAAGGAGCAUGAAGAAAUCACCAAGGUCAAGAAUAUCAAUGUGGUGGAGCUCGGUCGUUACGAAAUAGAUACCUGUCGACGCUCAAUCGUCACCAACUGA